UCUCUUUCCCCGUCUACUCUCUCUCUCUCUCUCUUCUCUUUCUCUUAUCUUCUUUCUCUCUUCUCUCCACGGCCACACACCACCACCACACAGAUCCAACCUCCAGCAACCACUAUUUUUGACACGUGGAAAAUCAUUUAAUUCAUCUUACUCCGACAACCUCAACCACCAACCGGCGCUGCCUAACUCGCUGUCAACUAUUUGGAAUAGUCCGUCAAAGUUUUUGUCCGUCAACUUUGACUGUGUUUUCCGGCCAACUCCGAAUACCCCUCGAUGAGUGGUUGGUACCUUUGGAAACAGCGUGGAGAGAGGAACAAAACCCACUAAGUCAUUCCGGUCAACUCGUCGUUUUUCUCCAGCGAGAUUUUGGGUAUCUCCGCUACUUUCCGGCAACGUUCCGGCGAGUCUGAACACUUUUUGGAACGAUGGUUCACAUGAAUGUGAUCUACUCGCUGAUGUGGUCAUUUUGAUAUAUGCCACGCCUACCUUCAUUGAUGUUUUCGAUACACCGCUCACUACCUCCACCAACUGCUAUUGUGCACUGCUUGGGAAAAUCGUGAUAUUAAAAUUGGACUAAAACAUUUUAGGAUCAUCGUUAAGCUUAGCAUCGUCGCUUUUGGCUCGGAUUGAAAAUUCUAAGGAGGAAUAACAAAAAUGCUUUUGGACAAAGUAGAUUAUCUGACAAAACAAGCAGAUGAUGGUGGUUGUAUUCCACUGCACUAUGUUGCUUUCUUCGGCUCAUCAAAUGUGGUGGAGAUGACAAAAAUGUUGCUAGAAAAUAAUGAAAGUAGUGCAUACAUCAAAAAUAAGAAAGGCAUGACAGCGCUUCACAUUGCAGCUUACAAUGAGUGUUAUGGUGAUAAGAUAAUGAAGGAAAUUCUGACAAGUUGUCCAGAUAGCUACGAAGAAGUUGACAAUGAAGGCAGAAAUGUUCUACACCAUGCUGUGUCGACUACAUAUCUCUCCAACGUAAACUUCAUCUUAGAACACGCAUCAUCAUUAAUUUUAAAUAGAAAAGAUAAGGAAGGAAAUACCCCAUUGCUUCAUAUGGCUGCCACUUCCUCAUGGAAUCUACCCAUUCUAAAAGCUUUGUUGUCUCAUCCCAAAGUGAAUAGGAUGUCACUCAACAAACAAAACAACAAUAUUCGAGAUGAGUAUAUGAUUCAAUUCAAACAAUAUGAGGUAAGAAUGCUGGAUCUCUUCAAUAAAUACUUCAUAGAGCCUUCUGUGGGAAUACAUAUCCUAGAACUCGAACUCAAUCGCAAGAACAUUAAUUAUAUGCAGAAGGAAAUCAUUACAAAAAUUAAAGAAUCUAGUCUAGUUACUUCUACGUUGAUUGCGACAGUGACAUUUGCAGCUGGAUUUACGAUGCCAGGAGGUUACAUAAGCGACGAGGUUGGACAUCGACAACAAGGGAGUGCUGUACUGAGGAACAACACAGCAUUUCAGGCCUUCAUCAUAACAAACACAAUGGCCAUGUUGCUCUCUGCUACAUCUGUUUUUUUGAACAUCUUUCUUAAUAUAACAUUUGUAGAAGGAGUAAAUGAUCACAGGAAGUGGAAUUACUAUAAGUUUUGCAUGAGCUUAACCAUCUAUGCCCUGGCCUUAAUGAUGAUAGCAUUUGUCACUGGUACAUACGCAGUGUUGUCACUUUCUGCUCCCCUUGCCAUCACCACUUGUUUUAUUGGAUCGCUUUUCUUCGUUAUCACAUUCUACAUAAUAUAUAAUGCAUGAAUAAGAGAGUGUAUAAUUUAGGAAUAAUUUUCAUAUAUAUACUCAUAAAUCUUCUAGUCAUAACUUGUGCAAGUGAUAAAUAUAUAAGAGUAAACUCAAAAUUUUAAAUUUAUUAUUAAUAAAUUUAUUUUAAUUAUUUAAAUAUUAUUACAAUAUAUAAAUGUUAUUAUGUGUUAGUUCAUCCACUUUAACUAAAUGUUAUUGUGGUGUUUGGGUUCUUUUUCUUUCAGUUUUAUUGUUAUGUUUAGUUAGUUAGUUCUGUUAAGGGAAUUAGCUAUAAAUAUUUGAGAACCUUGGUCUGUUGGGAUAUUGGUUAAGAGUUAGAAAUUGAGUGAGAUUGGAGGGUUGUAAAGAGUUCAAGUGUAUCUGAUCUUGAUCUUUCAUUGUGUGAGCUCUCUUUGUAAUUUGAAGCAAGGCUUCUUGGUGUAAACUCUUGUUCUGAUCUCAAGCUUACUGAAUAAAGUUCUCAGCCAUUUUUUAGGUUGUUCUA